AUGUGUUCUGCAUCCUCAGUGGCCUCCUACGUCUCAACAGAGAAACUGCUUCCUACAGUGCCUGCUGCUUCUGUGAACCUGCAGCCCCAUCCUGCAGAAAUGGGGCUUCUCAUGAGGUUCAGAAUAGCUGUGAAAGUGUUUACAUCGAGUGAAGUUGUAGAGUUCAUUGUUUAUUAUUUUUCUUCUUUAUUUAUCUGGCAGCUCUUGAAGUCCUAUUGGCUGGAUAAUUUUGCAAAAGACUCUGUAAACGCCGGAGUCAUGGUGUUGCUGGGAUGUGGUGCCUUAUCCAGCACCUGCGGUCAGCAGGCCAGCUAUUCAUUGGCAUUGGUGAGAACUCGCAUGCAGGCUGAAGGUGAGCUUUUCAUGACAGAGCUACACCAUCCCUGUUUGAACUCUCCUGACGCAAACAUCAGCAUAGUGGUAACUGCCGCUCAUUUGUUCCAUGACAGGGCAGAGAUGAAAAUCCUAGAAAUCAAUGACGAAUUGCGCUCCAAGCUUGCAGAUAGCCAACGGCAAUUUGAAGACCUCAAGGAGAAAUUUCUUAUAAGUCAAGCUACUGCCUACUCUCUGGCCAAGCAACUCAACAAAUACAAGUGUGAAGAGGACAAAGACAUCAUAGACUCUGUGCUGAGGGAUGAAGUGCAGUUCAUAGAGGAGAAGCUGGCAGAGAAGCUCAGGUAAGCUGAGGAGCUCAGGCAGUAUAAAGACCUGGUUCACUCUCAGGCAAAAGAGCUGACCCAGUUACGGGAGAAGUUACGGGAAGCGAGAGACGCCUCCUGCUCACUGUAUCAGCAUUUGAAGGCCCUCCUCACUCCUGGUGACCCUGACAAGUCCCAGGGUCAGGACCUCCAUGUGCAGCUGGCUGAGGGGCACAGGCUCGCAGAGCAUCUUGUCAACAAGCUCAGCCCAGAAAGUGAUGAAGAUGAAGAUGAAGAUGAAGAUGUUACAGAUGAGGAGGUCGAGGAAGCACAGCAAUCACCUGCCCCCAGGGGGUUGCAGAAUGCUGAGGAAAAGGAAGUACCUCAGGACUCACUGGAGGAAUGUGCUGUCCCUCGUUCAAACAGCCACAGCGCUUCUGACUCCAACCAGCCUCUCAGGAGUGCCAAAGUCACAUUUGAGGGAGACAAAGUCGACCCUGCUCUGGUUGUAGAUAGUGAAUGCUCUCAGGAUGAAGGGGAGGAAACUCCAAACUUUCUCCCAGGGAAUCAAAAGGAUCAUGAGGAAGAGGAAGGGAAAGCUCCAGUGUCCCCAAGAAACCCACAAUCAGUUGAGCCAGGUGAACUGUACAAGCUCAGAGAUUUCCUGAUCUCACCUUAUGUCUGCCUCUUUGGCAUUACCAUGUUUGCAAUGUUUAUGCUCUGUGCUCUUUACUCCAGGCUGAGCCAGGAGCUGCCAGAGGUACAGGAGCAGGAAGUCCCAGAGGACUCCUUGGAUGAAAUUUACUUGACUCCUUCAGUUCAACGUGACAUGUCUGACUGCCACCAGCCUUAUAGCAGCACCUUGUGGUCAUUGGAUGAUGAGCUCACAUGCUCUGCUCUGGAUGUAGCCUGUGAGUACUCCAGCCUGAAGGUCACAAAGCUCCAGUGUCUUCCCAGGCAGCCUCCACAUGUUUUCUUUCUGCAUCUUGUGCUGCUGAGACAGACUGUCAAUGCAACCAGGUCAUCUACACUGAGCCUGUUUUCAAUCGGGCUCUGGGACCCAGCUAUGAUCAUGUACAUCCAGAGGAUGAAACUUCCUCUACUCUUGUCCAAAGUAACUCCUCUGUCACCUGGCUCCUUCUUACAAGAGCAGGCUGUGGGCAUGAAAGCUGGAAAGGGGUUAGGGCUUUUAGCAACGAUUCUCACAACGCCGGCCAAGAGUCACGCCACUGGCUCAGACACAGCCUCUCCUACUCACAUUCCCUGGAGUCCAGAGCCUGAUCAGGCUCCAGAACUGGUUUUAGAGCCCUCUGUUGGGAGGAAGAACCCUCCACAGCUGAAAGAUGAUGCACUCGAAGGCUCAGCGGACAACACACAAUGGUCUCAAGUCACUGGCCACAUUCAUGCCUCAAGUGUUUGGAAACCCAAGAUGAUUAAAAGAAAACUCCGGUGCAGCAAGUGGAUUCCCUACCCUCCACGCUUACAGUGCAGAGGAAAUCAAAAGGAUCAUGAGGAAGAGGAAGGGAAAGCUCCAGUGCCCCCCAGGCUGAGCCAGGAGCUGCCAGAUGUAAACGAGCAGGAAGUCCCAGAGGACUCCUUGGAUGAAAUUUACUUGACUCCUUCAGUUCACCAUGACCUGUCUGACUGCCACGAUCCUGAUAGCUGCAGCUUGAUCUCAUUGGAUGAUCAGCUCACAUACUCUGCUCUGGAUUUACCAUCUCCUACCCAGGAGACCUGUCUCCAAGGGACUUGCAGUGGAUACUUGAUCUACUACCUGUCAGAGGUGCAGGCUUCACAGGCACAACCGGAGCCAAGCACCCCAGUACCCAUUUGCCUUGGACUACAGCCGGAUCAAGGGGUCGACUCUGGGAAUGGCUUUGCCAGGCAGGGCGUUUCCUCCACUGCCUGCAGCUUCACAGCCAAUGCUGACUCUGGGACCCAAUGUCCCUCUCAAGGAAAUGAAAAGGAUCAUGAGGAAGAGGAAGGGAAAGCUCCAGUGCCCCCCAGGCUGAGCCAGGAGCUGCCAGACGUAAAUGAGCAGGAAGUCCCAGAGGACUCCUUGGAUGAAAUUUACUUGACUCCUUCAGUUCACCAUGACCUGUCUGACUACCACCAGCCUUACAGUGGCACCUUGGCCUCAUUGGGUGAUGAGCUCACAUGGUCUGCUCUGGAUGUAGCCUCUCCUACCCAGGAGACCUGUCCCCAAGGGACUUGCAGCAGAGACUUGAUCUACUACCUGUCAGAGGUGCAGGCUUCACAGACACAACCGGAGCCAAGCGCCCCGGUGCCCAAUUGCCUUGGACUACAGCCGGAUCAAGGGGUCGACUCUGGGAAUGGCUUUGCCAGGCAGGGCCUUUCCUCCUUUGCCUGCAGCUUCACAGCCAAUGCUGACUCUGGGACCCAAUGUCCCUCUCAAGAACUGGUUUUAGAGCCCUCUGUUGGGAUGAAGAACCCUCCCCAACUGGAAGAUGAUGCACUCGAAGGCUCAGCGGACAACACACAAGGACAUGAAGCCACUGAACACAUUCAUGCCUCAAGUGUUUUGAAAUCCAAGAUGAUUAAAAGAAAGCUCCGGUUCAGCAAGUGGAUUCCCUGGUCUUCACGCUUAGGUUGCAGAGGAAACCAAAAGGAUCAUGAGGAAGAGGAAGGGGAAGCACCAGUGCCAACCAGGCUGAGCCAGAAUCUGCCAGAAGUAAAGGAGCAGGAAGUCCCAGAGGACUCCUUGGAUGAAAUUUACUUGACUCCUUCAGUUCAACGUGACCUGUCUGACUGCCACCAGCCUUACAGUGGCACCUUGCCCUCAUUGGAUGAUCAGCUCACAUGCUCUGCUCUGGAUGUAGCCUCUCCCACCCAGGAGACCUGUUCCCAAGGGACUUGCCAUGAAGACUUGACCUACUACCUGUCAGAGUUGCAGGCUUUACAGACACAGCUGGAACCAAGUACCGGGGUGCCAAUUUCUCUUGGACUACACCUGGAUCUAGGGUUCGACUGUGGAAAUGGCUUAGCCACAUUGGGCCUUUCCUCCACCACCUGCAGCUUCACAGCCAAUGCUGAUUCUGGGACCCAAUGUCCCUUUCAAGAGCUGGAUUUAGAGCCCUCUGUUGGGACGAAGAACCCCCUGCAGCUAGAAGGCGAUGCAGUUGAAGGCUCAGUAGACAACACACAAGAGCAUCAAGUCACUGGACACAUUCAUGCCUCAAGUGUCCUGAAACCAAAGUCUAUUAAAAGAAAACUCCGGUUCAGCAAGUGGAUUCCCCGGCCUUCAUGCUUAGGGUGCAGAGGUAAUCCCAUCUAUGACCCUUAG